AUGGAUACCUGGGGAGAUUGUCCCCUGUGUAUGCAUCACGGGGCAUACCCUCUCAAAUCGAGAUAUUACCGCCAAUCACAGCUCCAUGAAGGACCAUGGGGAUAUCAGUUUCAAGCGCAGGGUGGCGGCCAUUUUGCCCACCACGACCACUUUCAUGACCACCAUCACGAGAUCCUCCACGGCCAUGGGGGCGGGAUAUUCCCUGUUCGUCCCAGAUCUCUGGGCUACUUGCCCGUUGAGACACCCUUUCUGGUUCAUGUAAAGGAUCAUCCAGCGAAUGCUCGCGGAACAGGAAGAGGAUACUAUUACGAUGUAUCGCUGACUCGUGAUCUCUCUGCGACAGACAUCAUCUCAUUCCUCACUACCAACCCUACCCGUUUCAAGGUCAUGUUCAAGAACCCACAAGGAGACUUUGAGGAACUCACUCCGGAUAUGGAUACAAGGGAGCUCGUGCAGCACAUGACGAAAUUCGAUAUUAUGCUGCGAGAGCAUGUGCAUACGGCGCCAGUUUUUGCGAUAACGCCUGAGCACGCCCUGUCGUACCCACGAGCCCUUCACCCAUAA